ACUGACAACAUUCUUUUGGUAGUAACUCGAGCAGAAGUUUGGCAUUGUACAGGCGACGCGGAGCGCAGAGAUGGGGAAGAGCUACCGCCGGCUGCCCUUGGUUCUCUUCUUGGCCCUCCUCUCGUUCUCGGGUGCCGUUGGGUUCCAGUCAGAUGAGUUGGUGCAGGAUGAUGAAGAAUUCGGGCUCGAGGGUGGCCGACCAGCCGUCGAUCCGCAACCUUCCAUCCCUACCCACCCGCCGCUCCGCCGCAAACCUGAGCUUGAUCUUCCCUUCGGAUCAUCCGAUUCCAAGUCGGUCCAGUUCUCUCUGGAGCAUCAGUUGGGAACCUCUGGGUUCUCGCCUGCUGGAACUUUUACUGCUCGCCUCAAGUCUUGGAGCCAUGGAGGGCAGACUCUGACCAAGCUUAGGUUCUCGAGAAACUCGCUGGCAGAAGAAGAAAAGGAGGCUUUCAAGAAGCUAUUGAAGGAAGAUGGAUACUAUACGAUCAGACUACCAUCUAAUGUGUUAGACCCUCCGGGAAGAGAUUUUGUUGUUUCAUCAGUCAGAGCUAGGUGCAUUCCUAGAGAGAGUUUGGACGAGCAUUUGGUCAUCCAUAUGGAUGGUGUGAAUAUUUUGGCAGUGAAUUAUGGGUCAGCUGGAGCUUGUCAAUAUCCGAGAUUACUCAGAUAUCCUGCAAAGUGGUCUUUCACGUCAUACACUGUCAUGAAGACCAGUGAGCAAGCUCCAAGAACUCCGACAUUUACUGAAGAAUUGCUUGCUGCAGAGGAGGGAGUUGGUGAAGGUGUGAUGCCACCCGAAAGAUCUUUCUGGGCUAAAUAUUGGAUGUAUUUAAUUCCUCUAGUCUUCAUUGUGCUGAAUGCCAUGACCCAAGCCAUGAACAUGCCAGAGGAAGGGGCUGCUGGGCAAGCUGCACAGCGGGCACCAAGUGCUAAUGCUAGAAGAAGAUGAAAAUGAGUAGCUCAAGAAAUUAGGCCAGGUCUCUCUCUCUCUCUCUGGAUUCGGUGAUAUCUAAUUCAUCAUUUUCAUUUUGUUUCUCUCUCUCUCUCUCUCUCUCUCUUCGAACCAUACAUUGAUACAGUGCAAAUCCUAUGUUUUACUUGCCUUUUUUUUACUUCAAGGAUAUAAAACAUAAUGGAUGUGAUUUAACUUCCCAUGUUGUAACUUCAGAGGAGGAUGAAAACUGCCUCAAGUAUUCCUUCUGCUGUUUACUUCACUCAUAUCUAAUUGUCA